AUGGAAGAAUUAAAUAAAAAUCCUAUAUUGGAAUUCAACGAGAAUCAAUUACAAGCCGUUCGACAAGCUCAUGGCUAUGAAGAUGUGAAUAAGUUAAAACAAGACAUUGAAUUGUUAAAAGAAUGGAUUCAGAAGCAAAAUCAUUUCAAGAUUAAGGAUUUUGAUCCAGGAUACUUGGAACGUUUGCUAAUUUACAACAAAGGGUCCAUUGAAAGGACAAAACAGAGAUUUGAUAAAUUCUGUACGUUCAUCAAUUUGAUGCCAGAUUUUUUGCAAAAUUUUGACAUAAAAAAUGAGUUUCGUCCGUUGCUAAGUAUGGGAAACAUCGCUGUGUUACCAAAACCUACCAGUGAUAAUUAUCGAGUAAUUAUUUCACAAACCAAUGGGAGUUUUGACAACGAUUUUCAAUUGAUUGACUACUAUAGAUACCACGUGGUGAUCGCACAUCACGCUUUAUGCAAUGAUUAUUGUCAUGGAUUUGUAGUAAUAUUUGAUGCUAGAAAUUUAGCCCUGAAUCUAGUCACAAAAUGUAAUCCCAUUACUAUAAAUAAAGGACUUAUGUUACUCGUUGAAGCUAUGGGCAUGAGAUUAAAAAAAUUACAUUUAAUAAGCGGAUCCAAGUUAUUUGACACCUUCCUGAUGAUAGUCAAGCAGGGUCUCUCAGAAAAAUUAAGGAACAGACUGAUGGUGCAUUCAACCGUCGAAGGUUUACAAGAUUACAUUCCCCGAGAACAAUUGCCGGUAGACUUUGGAGGAGAUGAGAGAAGUGUAAAGGAAUUGAAUGAUAUGAAUUUUGAAGAAUGGAGUUCUGAUAGUCACAUAGCAAAUGUUAAAUUUAUGGAGUCUGCUGCCACCGAUGAAUCCUCCAGGCUUGUUUGCAAAUUCAAUGAAGAAUAUUCUGGAAUGCCAGGCUCUUUCAGGACGUUGUGCGUUGAUUAG